UGUUCAGAGGCUGACGGCCUCUCCUUGGUGCGGGAACCCAUCAUAUCAGCCAUGCUCAGAUUUGGUGCCUUCAUCCCCCUCCUCUUCUUCAUCUUCCCUGGGGCCUCCUCCCAUUGUCACACAGGCACGGUCAAUGAAUGCAAGAAUCACACGGCCUUUGUGCCCGGGCACAGCCUGGCUGGGGAGGGCAUCGAUGUGACCACGAUGGCCAGAAAGGGGGCCUAUCUGGUAGACAGCAGCCUCUGGCAACAUCAGGACAGCACCUGCACCCUGUGCCGGAACCGACUUCAAGGAGGGCAGUGGCAGAGGCUGCCACUGGCCAUGGUGGACUGGAGGGUCCGCGUCUCGUGCCGCCAGAAGCUGAGCAGCUCGGUGCAGCAGUCGGCGAUGGGCAUGAUGGAUUCGGCGGCAUCCGCAGUGCAGAAUGACUGGAAGGUGGGGCUGGACGUGCCUGUGAAGCCCAAGGUUAAUGUGCAGGUGGCCCUGGCUGGAUCGCACUCCAAACUGGCCAGUUUCGUGGUAGACCACACGCGAAUGGACAAAUACAGCUUCAUGAGCCACGAGGUCUCCUGUGGCUAUUACAGGUUCCGGGUCAGCGAGACGCCCCCGCUCACCAGUCAUUUCACUCUGGCGCUGGAGAACCUCCCGGAGCAGUAUGACAGCAAAUCCAAGCUGGAGUACCAGCAGCUAAUCAGCAACUACGGCACCCACUACGUGUCCCAGCUGCAGCUGGGGGGCCGGGCACGGGAUGUGACGGCCGUGCGGGUCUGCGAAGCGUCAAUGAGCAGCUUGACUGACGACGAGAUCAAGGACUGCUUGAGCAUGGAGGCAGCCGUGAGUAUCGGAAUGGGCUCAGUCAAGGGUGGGCACAGCAAGUGCGAGGAGAAUAAGAAGAAGGGGAAGGUCCAGGGGAGCUUCCACGAGACAUAUCGGGAGCGCCACGUGGAGGUGGAGGGAGGAGAGAGCACGACUGAUGUGCUGUUCUCCAGGAGUGAUGCCAAGGUCUUCUCGGCCUGGAAGGAGAGCCUCAAAGCCAGCCCCGGCCUGGUGUCCUAUUCGCUGCACCCCAUCCACAUCCUGCUGCAGCAGGACGACCCCAAGCGGGAGGCGCUGAGGCGGGCGGUGAGUGAGUACAUCCGUGAGAGGGCCCUGUGGAGGAAUUGCACCCGAAGCUGCCCCCCAGGGACUCAACGCAGCGCCCAUGACCCCUGCUCCUGCCUCUGCCCCGGGGAUACCAUGACCAACACCAUGUGCUGCUCGCGGGAGCGCGGCCUGGGGAAGCUGAUGGUGACAGUGAAGACGGCCAGCGGCCUGUGGGGGGAUUACUUUACUGCUACGGAUGCCUUUGUCAAGGUCUUCUUUGAGAGAAGGGAGAUCCGAACUGACACCAUCUGGAACAACAACAGUCCCGUCUGGAACGUCCCCUUGGACUUCGGUACCGUCCGCAUCACCAGCGCCAGCAAGAUCCGCAUAGAGGUCUGGGACGAGGACAACAAGUGGGACGAUGACCUGCUGGGAAGCUGCGACAUCCCGCUGGAGGCUGGGGGGCCCCACCAGAAGGAUUGCUACCUGAACCAUGGCCGCAUCUGGUUCCAGUACAGCCUGCGCUGUGGGCCCCACCUCGGGGGGCCGAGCUGCUCUGAUUAUGUCUCCCAGCCACCCCAGCUGGGAAGAGCCAAGGGGAAGGAGGUGGAGGCCUUCUGGUGA